AUGGCAGCUCCUAAAGAAAUAACAAUACCUUCGCAACCUAUUCAACAUGGCAUCGGAAUGCCGUAUUCAAGUCCACCGGAAAAAGAAAAAAUGCAACAGCAGGCCGAAUUGGAAAAGAGACAAAAAAAAGCUGCGCAAUACGGACAGAAACGAAAAUCAAUGGAGAAUGAAAAAGACAAACAAAAAGCCGAAUAUGAGAAGUCAGGGAACGAACUGAAAAGUCUUUUGGCGCAAUUCGGUUCAAAAGCCAAAGCUAAUGAAGAGCUCGACCGAAAUGCAUCAGAAUUGCGCGGCAGCAUCAAAGAUCUCCUAAUCAAAGUUCAGAGCAAAGGAAAGUCGCCUCAAGUGAUUGAAACCCCGCCGACUCCAGAAAGUCGAAUUAGCACUUUAAUAUCGAUCGCGCUCUUCCCUUUCACCCUGAUAAGGCACAUAAUCAGCACACUUUACAGUAGCAUAAACUGGACGGUAUUAUUGACCGUGAUAUUAUUAAUAGAGCUGACUAUAGUCGGCCUCAUUUGGGCAUCCCGAAGGGCGUAUAAUUCCUACUUGUACGUUGAACCGUACGAGGCGGUUAUACACGGAACUUAUGGAACGGAUCAAUCGUUAUCAUGGAAUAUUUUGCGAUCUGCGGUAAUAUCGAUGCAGGAUUUUUUUGCGGAAGUAAUGAAGGGAGGUCGCGGGUUCGGAAGCCCAGGUUACGAUGGAUUUGUACCGAUAUGA